AUGUUCCCCUGUUAUGCUCCGUCCGCUCGACACAUCUUCCUACGGGGCUUGUUCUUGGUCUACGGAACGUCCCAAAAGGGUAAUUCUCGCGACCCCUCACAUCUUUGGAGGAAGUACCCCGCCAGCUUCGAGUUGCCACGAUUUCUGCCCCUCCUCCACGUCGAAAGCCGUGGAACCGCCGCUCGCAUCGUGGGUGUACCACUGAGUGUAUCGAAGGGGAAGUCGACGGACGACAGUCUUCUCGCGCCGCAGGAAGAACGAUUCUCCCGCCCCCGCACUUCCGGCCUCGCGGGCACCUUCCCUCCUCUUCCAUCGGCCGUCGCCAUGCCCGAGACGUCUCUUCUACAGUCCGCCGCAAUCUAUUGCUAUGCGGGUCUCAUUCUUGUCGGCGCGUUCUCGCGUCUCACCCACGGCAGAUACACACCCCAAUACUACGCGUUUCAGGUAGACCGCGCGCCGGACGAUGGGUCGACGGCUUCGCUUAUUAUACCGAUUAUCGACCUCGUCAUCGGCCUGACGCUGUUGUUGGCUUCGCGGAUGCUUCAAAUCUCGGUGGCCAUGUUUAGCUGUGUGUGCUGCGCUAUCGGGUUGGUGAUGCGCGUUCGGGGAGGGAGAGACUUUCACAAUGAUGCUGCCUUGGUCGGUCUGUCGGCUUACACCACUAUAUCGUUAAUUCGAGUCGCGAGAGCCUAUUAG